CCGAAAUCAGGACGUUUGAGAAUAUGCGUCUGAGUGACAUUCCUCCUGGAACGAAAGACGACAAAGCUCGAUUCAUGCCUAGCCCCAAGUCGAAGGGCUACCUUCACCUAAGUUUCCCAUCUCAUCCACCACCCGGAGAACACUUCAGAAUGUCCCUGUUCCGGCCUUCGCUCUUUCCUCUUGGUAUUAUAGGCAUUGCCUCGUGCUCUCAAACGGAUUCAUUAUCCUCCAUACUCGCCGAAUUCAAUGCCGCCAUAGCGGACAUGUUCCCGCCUGGCUCCAUGUUCCCUUUGGCGAAGAGCUGCUUCGUCUUUGAAGAAGGGGACGGCACCACGAAUCUCAACCUCGGCGAUCAUCUACCAGGCCUGGUAAUCAUCCCGAGCAUGAUGGGCAACAAGAAGGAGAAUAUAGAAACUCUACUUGCCGACUUGUUGUCCAAUAUUCUUGGCGAGUUCUCUGUUGUGAUGCAAACCCUCGAGAGUCCUCUCGGAAACGAAUAUCUGAACGGAACCGUCUUUCCACAACUGCCUUUGGCUUCUGACAUGCCAAAACCAUUGGUGGACGAACCGGACUCUAUAUCACCUCUGCCGUCACACAAUAGUCAACCAGAGCUUGCCAGAAUGAAGUCGCCAAACUUUCUCAAGCGGACCUCAUCCAUUGGUCCAGCACCGAAUGCCCGACAGUCUGCCUUAAUCGUACCUCGAGCACCAAAGCGUCAGAGCACCAUCGGCGUCUCGUCAAACGCGGGGAGAUUGUUCAAGGUCCUCGGAGACUUCUUCCUCUUAGCUGGACGUAUAGAAGAUGCCUCUAUAUGGUAUACAGAGGCCAUCGUAUUGUUUAAAUCGCUACCAGAUGCCGUUUGGCACGGUUCCGCUCUGGAAGGUCUAGCAAUUGUAUCUAUGCUGGAAAGUUGGUCAGCAGGGCAAGGAUUACAAUCGUCGUUCAGUAAUUCAAGCCUACCUUGGUCCGAGAUCUCAUCAAAAUUAGAACAAGCCGUUGCGCUGUACACAAAGGUCAUCCCAUCACACGACGCAGACCAACACUUCGACUUGCUCGUCUAUAUCUACGUCACCGCAAUCUUGCGACAGUCUUCCCUCUUGUUCGCAACUUGGUCCGCCAAGGGAUGGGGUCCCCUCGCAUUCACAGCGAUGCUCCAUCCAGGACCCCAUCCUUACAUCCCUCCCACUCUCUCCAGUUCUGACCAAGACAUGUAUGCCGCUCGCGAAAGACUGUCAACCACAUCCGGCAUCUCGCGAGUACAGGUCGCCACAAUGCUUGCGCAGGCUCAUGGGCCAUGGUUGCUUCAUCUCAGCCAUCGCGAAAGAAUCAAUGUUUUGGAGACCAUCGCGUCAAUGUAUUCCUUCCUAGGCUACCACCGGAAAGAGGCAUAUGUGCUUCGUGAAGUCAUAGGUUGUGUGAUGGAUCUUGUCGUUUGCGGACGAGAAGAGGCCGGCUAUGGGGAUUAUUCUCCAGGGUUUCCUUCUUCGGUCACUAACUCCAUGAGUUUCGUGCGGGAAGGUGACAAGGGCGCGGUUGCAGUCAAGGAGACCGACAGAUCGGAUGGGAACGAGAGUAUUUUCCGGCUGGUGAAGUACGUGUGUAGGGUGCAUGGCAUCAAUUUGGAGGCCGUCAGCCUUUCUUCGGAUACAGAUGGGGAGAGCAAACCAUCCGAUGCCGAUUCGGACGAGGGAAUCAUGGCUGAUCCGUAUGGAUGGCCUGAGCUACAGAUAGGUAUCGUUAGGGAGGCGUUGGCAGUUGCUGAAGCACUUCCAGAUCUUCCGGCUACGGCACAAAUCGCCCUGUCUGCUCUUAAGACUUUACAUGCUGUGCUGAGCGAAGAUGAUCAGAUGCAUUUCUAUUCUAUCUCCACUCGGGCAUUGAAUACUGCCCGGCGACGAGGUGACAAGAGGUCGAUAGAGUAUUGGUCUGGUCAACCUGUCGUUAGCAUUGAACUCAUGCCAUCAUCGCCAAUCAAAGUUCUUGUUGAGAAUCCGGUCUCUGUCUUGACGCCGCGACAGGAGAAGGGAACCAGCAUUCUUACCGGGAUGAAGGACCCAUUUCUGUACAAUCCACGGAGGUUGACCUCCUCACAGGGCCGUACCUUGGUUGUAAGAAACGAGAGCCUGGAGUUCGUCGUGACAUUGCGCAAUCCAUAUAUCUUCGACCUUGAGCUACAGAGUCUAAGCCUAAGUACUUCUGGCGUUCCCUUCGAAUCGUUCCCCAUCCCCGUCAUCGUACCCUCCAACUCCUAUCACUCUGUGACCCUCACCGGCAAACCCCUCGAAUCCGGCACACUCACAAUCAAAGGCUGUUUCGUCCAAGCCUACGGUAGCGCCAUUCGCGAGUUCGUCAUCCCGCUCGCUACGCAAGAAGAGGAGGACAGACGAUCUAAACGCCGGAGCACGAUCGCGCUCGAGAGCGGAAGGUCGAAGUAUGCUGGUUUGGAUUCGAGGCCUUGGGAGAAGAGCGAGAAGAGGAACAGUAGGCAGCAACAACAACAGCAGGGGAAGGGGACGGGGGCGGGUGCUUUGUUGAGGUUUGUGGAGUGUAAAGUCGUGCCGGAGCAGCCUUUGUUGAGGAUCAGAUGGAGCUCGUUGACACAUGGGGCUGUCAUGCUGUACGAUGGAGAGAAGUCUACGAUCCGAUUGACGCUGGAGAAUGUGUCGUCAUUGCCCGUUGACUUCGUCCGCCUUUCGUUCGAGGAUUCUACGAUUCCUCCAGCACAACAGGCACUGGCAGAGGGCGAGAUGUCCGUUUUCGAUACUUAUGAGACGGAAUACGAGCUGAUCAGCCGGCCGGUAUUCGCCUGGGACCACGAGAACGAACAGAAGGACGUUCCUCCGGAGAAGAAGACCACCGUCGUCAUCCAAUGUCUGGGCAAAGCAGGAUGCACGAGCGGCGUAAUCCACGUCGCCUACGGUUACGUCAACCGGCCACAAUCCACACUCCACGAACCCGCCGAAGUCUUCCACACCCGUCGACUCUCCUAUCCCGUCCUCGUCACCGUCUACCACAUGCUCGAAUGUCACCACAUGAACAUUCUUCCUUUCAACCCCUCCGACGGUCUGCCCACCCACCUGAACCUACAAGAUGGUGAAGGUGAGUCUGGGUCUGAUUCAAGACCGCAGUUGAGGAAGAAGUUGUUGAUGGCGGAGGAGGCGAGAGAGGGAGAGGAGGAUGAGGCAAAGUGGUGUUUGUUCAGUGUAGAAGUGAGGAAUACGUAUGGGCUGCCAUUCGAGGUUACAUUCGAUAGGGUGCAGGAGGGGACGCAGAGGGUCUCGACGACGUGUUCUGUCCCGCCUGGGUCUACGACUCGUGUUAUAUUGCCUGUUAAACAGUUCUUGUUACCGGAGGAGGUCGUCACACAACCGAUCCCUACGCUCUCGGACAGGCAGUUCGUCGUGGCGAAGACGAAUCUUAGCUCGAGCGAAGAGAGAGCUCAGCGGGAGCUGUUCUGGUACCGCGAAGAGUUGUUCAAGAUGGUCCGAGGUCGGUGGCGAGAGACGGGUGGCACGCGUUCAGGCGACCUUUCACUGCGACAGCAGAGGAUGUCAUUACCUAUGCUUGAACGUCUGCGUACGGAGACAGUGCGAGUGAAGAUGUCGAUGUACUCUCGCGUUGAUGAAGACGACCGCGAGGACGCCUGGACGGAGGUGCGCAGGGUGAAGGACAAAUACAUGCCCACGCCAUACGACUUCGUAUACCUGCGCACCCGAGUCACGAAUCUCUCUCCCAACCCAUUACUCCUCGCGCUGGACCUUUCCAUCGACCCAUCGGAACACGUCAUUCAGGAAGGGAUAUCUUCCGGAGUGCCCGUGGGUAGAGUCAAGAGUGGAGAGACGAAGGAGAUCGAGACGCCACUGUGCUUUGUAGCUUGUGGACGGUUCGAGAUUGGGGCAGAGGUGAGGGUCGCUCCAUUGCGAAGAGAGGAGAGGUCGUAUAGGGUCGGACUUGGACGCAUGACUGCGCUUGUUAGGUUGGAGGAUGAUGAAGAGAAGUGAUGUCGAUAAAUUAUUGUUUGGGGUCUUGUACUGGAUUUAGCAUUGUACCACCGCAUUGCUGUGCUCUAGUUUCCGCAGGCUAUGGGUAUCUGGAAGGAGUCGAGUCGCAGGGGUAUUUGAGAGGGGCGCAGGAUACGGCAGAACACAAUUGAUAGCAAAGAAUCCGAUACAGCAGCCCUUGUAGAUUAAUGUUUCGAACAAACAGUCCUCACCUCCACAAUAAAACACAAGUAUGCACCUAGGUGCACUGUAGCAUCAAUCGAAUUCCGAGUCAUCCUGCUUGAAGGCUGCUGAGUACAUCAUAAUCGUGCCAUACACCAACGAUCCGCCUAUAAUCGACAUGGCACAAGCCCCUGGCCUGAUCACUUCUGAAUGCGCGAGUACGAGUGGAAGUGCAAAGCCGGUGACAACAAUCAUGGCGGUAAUGAAGCGACCGAGAUCGACUGGUCCACCGCCUUCGCUGUAGUCUCCGAAUUCGUCACCGCCGCCGCAAUGAGAGAAGAGUGUGUUAGGAAGGGGUGCGACGACGAAUGUGAGAGCGACGAGGAGAGGAAGCCAGUUAGCCCAUAGUGCACACGAGAGGAUUAUCAUCAAGAAGCCCACGGCGAGCACGAAGGAGAGGAGGAUGACGG